AUGAGCGCUGAAGAAUUCCUGGCCAAUGUUGAAGGCGGCAUCAUGCCAGUGACCUGUCAUGAGGAUGUCUUGCGGAUUGCCUUCAUCUAUCUGCACGAGGGGCUGUGGACCGGGAAUGGAGUAUUCGAUGUUGUAGAGAAGCUACACUCGCAUGGCUUGUCCUUUGGUGAGGGCGAUCUACGCUUUAAUCGUUCCCUGGAUAUAUUAUACCUCGCACAGAUAGCAGCAGCCAUCUACCGCUAUUCCUCCCAACUGGAAGAGGACGUUCCCUCCUUCUCUGAUUUCUCUGCUUUCUACACAGCCCAUCAUUCCCUCCUGCACUCUUCUGCCUGGCACUCCUACUACUCUACCCCAUUCCUCACCCAGAGCACUACAGCGCGCUUCUACCGCCUGCCCGACCUCCAGGACCUUCCCGACUCCUCCUCCCCACUAUGUUAGCCGCGUCAGAGUCCGGCAUCAUCUAUACACAUUUUGCAACUCCCUCGCUGGGCCUACACUGUCGUGUGCACACACCGUAGGCAACCCUUUCUACCAUUUGCCACUCUUACUUCAUUGGCCCUCAGCACGCUGGAGGCAACUAUGACACGCCGGCACACGGCCUACCCCAGCGCACCAUCCUAUUCGGAAUCACAUGCGCGCUUCUGGCUUGACUAUUUUACUCCUGAUACUUCACCACCAUCUCGCGUGGCUGAGGUAACCCCCCGGCAAAUGGAGGGACCCGACAGGUUUGGGAUAUUGGUCGCGCAGGGAAUGUAUGAUAGACAUGGGCUGGAGACAGAGUAUCUUGCGCAAAUAUCGGGAGAAGAGGGUCCCGAUGGAAAUAGCCAGUCGGAGCAGGUGAUAUGGUGUGGGUGGCCGG